ACCAGUGUAGGUAAACACAUCGCAAUAUGUCUUUCAAAGGAUUGAAAAAAACAAUUGUUAGAGCACCACAGAACUUUCGGCAAAAGUUGAACAUGGGUGAAAUAACCCAUGACCCUGUUUAUGCCGAUGCUGAAAGAAGAUUCAAAGAAUUGGAGCUUGAAACCAAAAAAUUGAGCGACGAAAGUAAGAGGUAUUUCAAUGCUGUAAAUGGGAUGUUGGAUUACCAAGUGGAUUUUAGCAAGGCCAUUGAGGAAAUCUAUAAGCCUAUCAGUGGGAAAUUAAGUGAUCCUAAUGCUGCUCAACCUGAAGAUAACCCUGAAGGUAUUAAGGCUAGUGAGCUGUACCGAGAGGUUGUCCUCGAGUUGAAAGAAACUUUAAAGCCAGAUUUGCAGUUGAUUGAAACUAGGAUUGUUGCUCCAGCUCAAGAGCUUUUGAAGGUCAUUCAAUGUAUUAGAAAAAUGGCCACCAAAAGAGAUCAUAAGCAAGUUGACUUGGACAGGCGUAACAGAACUUACAAAAAGUACCAAGAUAAAAAGGAAAGAACAGCGAAAGACGAAGAAAAGAUGUAUAAUGCCGAAGCUGAAAUCCAAAUUGCUCAACAAGAGUACGAUUAUUAUAAUGACAUGUUGAAAACCGAAUUGCCUAUCUUGUUCCAAAUGCAAAGUGACUUCAUUCGUCCAUUGUUUGUGAGUUUCUAUUAUAUGCAAUUGAAUAUCUUCUACACUUUAUACAACCGAAUGGAAGAAUUGAAAAUCCCAUACUUUGACUUGACCACUGAUAUUGUUGAAGCCUACCAUUUCAAAAAGGGCGGUGUGGAAGAACAAACUGAUGCCAUUGGUAUUACCCACUUCAAGGUGGGACACGCUAAAGCCAAAUUGGAAGCUACGAAGAGAAGGUUUGCUGCUCAAGGUGCUGAAGGAACUCCGGCUUAUGGGGCUUAUGGUGCUGGUGAAACGAAUACGUUGCCACCUUAUUCCCCAGGUGCUGCUCCCGUUCAACAAUAUGGUGAUUACAAGAACCCCAAUGGACCUGGAUAUGUAGCACCAGGCCAACCCCAAUAUGGUCAGCCACAGUACGGACAACCGCAAUCACCCCAGUACCAAACACCUCCAAGUUCGGCCCCUGCAUACGGUGCAGGUGUUGCAGCCCCAGCUUACGGAGGUUACGGAUCACCAAGCCCGAUCUCUCCGACCCCUGCUACACCUGUUUCGGCUAUUGCCACCGGAUCCCAAACCUGUACUGCAUUGUACGAAUAUACUGCUCAAGCUCAAGGCGAUUUAACGUUCCCAGCUGGAGCCGUUAUAGAGAUUGUUGAGAGAACCGCUGAUGUCAACGGCUGGUGGACCGGAAGGUACAAUGGACAGACUGGUGUAUUCCCGGGAAAUUAUGUUCAACUUUAGCUGAAUUCACCAUGUAUUUAGAAAAUUAAUCUGCGCUUGCAUCCAGUACAUCAAAUAUUGAUACAUACACAUAGUUCCAAAUGGUAGGGUUCAAGUCCCGCAUUCAAAGCCUGUUAUUGAAAGAGUACAAGGCUGUAUGGUUUUAAAUUGCUGUAAUCGCUAUUAAUAGAGUAUGCCCCAUAUUCAAUAAACUUGUAGUUAGCAAUAUGAAACGGUCGCUUUGAAACAAGCCUCUUGUGAUAAGCGAAAAAUUGCAGCCACGAAAUUGGGAGUAUUGCCCAUAACUAACACAUGUGAUUAAUUCUCUUGGGCCCACCCAAAAGGGUAGUGAUGGUUUGGUCCACCUUUGUAGAGUAAUACAUUUACUCUAGCCGCAACAACCAAAGAAUCUGAUUUCCUUGAUCAUAAUGCACUGGCUCUGCAUCGAAAUAAAGCUACUUGCACACCCGUCUCUUGACUAUGAGUAAUAAGAAGCUCUAUAUCUUCUUCAUAUCAAUCUAUAUCACCCAUUACGACUAGUAUUACACAUUCUUAUGUUCCUAAUUUACAAAAUAGUCUGGACCUCGGGUUAAGGAAUUACUUCCUCAAUGCCAAAAUCAACCUCUAGUGAAGGGAUGUCUUGCUUAUUACCAUUCGCCUGACUCUCGUGGAGCAAUACCAGACAUGUUAAAAGCAUACUGGUAAUUACAAUUUAUUA